AUGUGUAUAGACUACCGGAGGUUGAACUCAGCAACAAGAAAAGAUCAUUUACCUCUUCCAUUCAUUGACCAAAUGUUAGAAAGGCUUGCUGGGAAGGCCUACUAUUGCUUUUUGGAUGGUAACUCCAGGUACAAUCAGAUUGUUGUGGACCCAGCAGAUCAAGAGAAGAUGGCUUUUACAUGCCCAUUUGGG